UUCUUAAUCAGCUGUUGCUCAUUUGCUUUUGUUUUUGCUAGUUGUUUUCUUUGAGGCGUAAUUUUCAUUAAUUACUCAUACAAAAUCCUGGCAAAUGGCGCUGGUGGACCAUGACUCCUGGGAUAUCGAGUACGAGGGGUGCGAACGGCUACGCCACCAGCUGCUGGUGCACCUGAACCAGCGCCAGCAGCUCAAUCCCAAAGAUGCUAAGUAUCUUCAGUUGACGGCCAGCGUAAAAUCCGGACUAGAGCAGCUAGGAAAGGAUGUGAACCACUUGAAAGUGGUCCUGGACAACGCUGUUACCUGGGAAACCAGCCCGGAGGAGGAACUCCAACAGCGACGCAUCGAUUUUGAUCGUCUUACAUUCCAGCUGCGGGAAAUCAACGAAAAGUUCGUCAACAGCUCACGGUCCAAUGUUCUGGCUGCGUCUCCAGGGGUUUCCUCCCCCUCAGUCUGGCAGGAUCAGGGUUCGGGUAAUGCUCCCAUGGACGUAGAUACCUUGAAACUAAGGCAGGCCGAGAUGCUGGAGAACCAGAACCGCGGACUUGAUGCCCUUUCUGCUACCCUCUCCAGACAGCGAGUCUUGGCCACUCAGCUAGGCAACGAGGUGGAGGACCAGAACAAUAUCUUGGACAACCUGGCAGAUGCCAUGGAUCGCGUGGAAAACGGAGUGCAGCGAGAAACUCAGAGCAUUGGUCAAGUGAACCGACGGGACAGCACCUGGGGUUACUGGUUGGUCAUAAUAGCUUUGUUCGUGGCCAUUAUUGUGGUCAUCUUUGUGUAGUCUUUCCAAUUGUUAUGUUCGUCUAUUGUUGAUUCAAAGCUCCCAUCGUACGAGUAUUUAUACAUAUAUUAAAAUAGGAUUUUAUACUAUCUACGUUA